AAGAGAGAGAUGUGGCUAGUAUACAUAUGCAACGAGGAAGAGAAGGUGCUGGGAACAGAGAAGGCACUAGGAUCAUGCCCCUACUAUGGAGGAAUAGUCCAAGCCAUGGAUGUUGAAAGCCAACGGACCUUUUGCUUUCUCCCUCUUUGUUUCAAAACCAAACGCAAAUACCAUUGCACCUUGUGCUCCAAACAUUUAGUCCUCUACCCACAACAUUCCUCCAUUACCAUUUUCAAUACACCCAUUUGUAUCUAUGUUUCUAUAUAUGAAAGAUUUUCUUCUUCUUCUUCUUCUUUUUAAAUUUGGGAUUUUCACAAAUGAGUUUCUAUGUAUU